CUUGACUGAAACACAGAGGAGAAAGAUUGUGUGUCUGGCUAGCUUAGUGCUUGCUGCAGCUUACUACUAUCAUCAUACAGCAUUGAGGUCAAUCUCAAUUAGCUCUGAAUCAAGAGUGUGGUCUUCUACCUCAGUAAAGGCAGACGCUAAAGGGUUCCCCACACCAUCCUUGUGAAGCGUCAUCGCAGCUUGCUGGGUUUCUACAACCCCAGCUCAUGAUCGAUUAUACUUGUUACAUGUGAAAAAGACUCACUACACACAACAGUACACAGCUAACAGUCUUCCCGCUGGGCUGGACACAACCAUGUCCUUCAAAUCGAAAGACCUCGCCUACGAGGCCAAGGAACCGGCCUUUCUGCAGAGACUUAGAAACCAGUAUGGAGACAACUCAGGUCGCCUUGAGAGACCCGUUGCCCGCCCACGGAAGCCACGCGAAGAACAUGACGACGACGGACCUACCUACGUCGACGAAGAAAGUAACGACAUUAUCUCCAAAGAGGAAUAUGAAGCGCUAGUGCGAGGGGAUAAGCCCACCGAGGAUGAUGAUCGACCGGAUCAAAACCAGGACAAAGUUACGGGCCCGAUCAGCGAAGGUAGUAAACCAGCCACUGAGUCGGAGGCGUCGGCCUCCAAGCAGAAUAUAGCCGAAAUUGGCGGACCACGGAAAAGAAAGCAGGCCAAGGUUGUCGGCGAAGACGCCCCAGCAGCAGAGAGUGAAGAUACAAAGAAGAGAGACUCGGGGGCGCGCAAACCGAAACAGAAGAAGAAGAUCAAGCUCUCGUUUGACGAUGAUAAUGACUCAUGAUGAUGAGUGUUGAGUCAUGAACCUAGACAAAGCCAUGAU